UCUCCCGUUCCCACCUCGGGACCGGUCGCGCCAACGCUUUCCCAGUUCCCUACGCCCCGCGUCGCGUGACCACCUGCCCGCGCCCCCCUCCAAUAAGUAGCCGCUGGUCCUCCGCCGCCCGGGCGACGCUUCCCCCAGGCCGAGAACCCUCUCCACCCUCCCGGACUCCUCGACGAGUUCGUCGUCGAGACUCGAGACCCUAUCCUUCCCGGCGGCCGCGCCCGAUCGAGACAGCCCACACGCACACGACGGGCGCGUCCUGUUCUUCUUCCGAGGUUGGUGACCGUGCGAUUUCGCGUGUUGUUUGCAGGGUGGGGGAACGAUGGCGGAGAACCUGGUCUUGGACGGGCUCUUGGAGGUGUUCCCGCAGGUUGACUUCUCGACACUGAUAGAAGUUUCCAUACAAUUUAAGGAUGACAUAGAUUCGGCGGCAGAUUAUGUCAUGCAGAAUGUCCUCCCAAACAUUAUCCCAGAUCCCAGUCUUCCAAACCCAAAUGACGAUUUAUAUAUUCAUGGACAUCAGCUGGCAUUUGAUGACACAAGAACCCAGUUAGGGCUUGAUCCAGAGUUAAAUGAUGCAAAUUCAAAUUCUGUACAUUUUGAUCAGAACGACAAUGAAAAGGCAGAUAAUCUCAUGGCAAAACUAUUGAAGCAACCGUCAACUGGUUUAUGUCCUGAAUUUUUUGACGUUCCAUCAACAUCUGGUCAGAAUUGUGUAUCUGAAGAGUUCAGUGCAGUCUGUCUGCUAGCUGAUCUCCAGCUGCAUGCCUCUUCUGAGAGGAAUCUUGAAAUUUCAGCUUCUGAAGGUGAUAUGUCACUGCAUGAUGAUGGUUCACCUCAUGUGACCCUGCGAUCAAGCUAUUCUGUUAACCUUGAGUCCCUUGAUAAUGUUAUUGCUGAUGAACAUUACAAAAAGAAUGCUUUGAUGUCAAAUGUUGCUGCAAUAAGUGAAAUGCUACAGGAGGUAGAGCUAAAUGAAGAAAAAACAAAACGUGCUAUUUCAGAAGCAAAUCAAGCUGGCAAUGAUAUCCUUGCGAAAGUGGAAGAACUAAAAGAGAUGACAACUCAUGCUAUGGAAGAUAACAACACGGUGGCAGGGGAGAUUUUUGCUGAAAAAUCUAUUCUAGCAACAGAAGCACAGGAGCUUCAAACUCGGUUGUUCAACAUUUCUGAAGAAACCAAAAGCUUUGUGGUGACUAUUGACGAGAUGCACAACACUCUUCAAAGAAGACUUGCUGCUGCGGAAGCAGAAAGUGCAGCUGCUGAGAGGGCAAAACUUGAAAGAGAAGCAUCAGCUCAGAAAAGUCUAAGAGAACAGGAACUCUCGCUUGAAGCUGCAAAGAACCACUCUAAAAGGCUGGAACAACAAGCACAAGAGAAUGCAAAGCUGAGACAGCUACUAACAGACAGAGGCCAUGCUGUGGACGCAUUGCAUGGGGAAAUGAUUGGAAUCUUUGACUGCAUAACACAGCUUAAGCUAAGAGUGGAUAUGCAGCUCCCUGUUGGUGAACAGUGGCAACAUGUUUCAUGGAGCUUGUCUAGCUCCGCUGUUGAUGCACCAGCACAAGUUCCACUGGUCUUGUCUAGCUCGGCUGUUGAUGAACCGCAACAACAAGCUCCAUCGAUCUUGUCUAGCUCGGCUGUUAAUGAACCACUGCAACAAGUUCCGCCAAUCUUGGCUUUUGAUGAAGAUCUGGAUCAAGUUUCAUCAACGUUGUCUAGCUCGUCCUUUAAUGGUAACGGGCCACUACAACUGGUUUCAUCAAGAUUGUCUAGCUCGGCGAGAUCAGCAUCAGACAGAAGUUCGGCAGGAUCAUUAGCAUCCAAGAGUAGCUGGUCGUCUGCUGCAGAAUCGAGUGCAUGUGGUGUUUCUGGGGGCGAUUUCGCUUUGGACGACGGCUGGGAUGUCGUCGAUGAUGAAGAGACCAUGGUGACCCCAGUAAGAGUCAAGAGUACACCUAUGCUGCUCUAGGUUUACUAAUUAACCAGUAUGUGCUGCUCUUUUCAUGAACAAUUUAUUAGCAGUUGUGCCUUGAACCAUAUCUUUAUCGGGAUGCAUACAUUCUUCUAUGAAGUCGAAAUUUGUAAUGUUUA